GGAUUUUCCACUCAAGAUUGGCAGUUGCUUGAUUCAGGAAUUCGAACGAGUUGUCCAUCCGAUUGAGUAAAGUCCUUGUUUCAUGAUCGAACGUGUCCAAUGCUACGGUAAAUACAAGAAAUUACGAUGAUUGACUGAAAGCCAGGUCGACACAAAGUUUCCUGACGGUUUCGUGGUUCGAUGCUCAGCUUGCGAUCUGCGUGGAAUGAUUUACGGCCAACGUGCCCGGCGCGUGCCCCGGAGCGUAUUGCGCACGUUUUACACGAAUGUAGUUCGCUGUGGUCCGCUGUGAUUCGCGUUCACACGCAGCUGACGUGAGCCGGGAGCGUUUCCUCUUUGUCAGACCGGUGCUAUUCAUGCCGCGUAUAAGUAAACAAAUGUACAAUCGUCGCGGAUUAUAUCCAAACGAAAACUGAUUCUGAUUCUAUCGCAGGGCGUAAUGGUCGUCGUAUGCGGCCCAAAUGAUGUGCACGCUUUAAAACCGGUUCCAGCAAGAUUUUACCGUACAUCAAUCACACGCGGUGUUCGGUGUCAAUGAAACCGGUCAUUAACAGAGAAUUGUGAUAUCAGUAAAUAGUUACGAACUGUUGUUUGAUCGUCCUCCGGCGAUCUCAUCGGUGGAAGUGUCGAUAACACUACUACGACCACUCGACAUGAGGAAGCGAUAUUAAUUGUCCCGAGAAUGGUUGGAUCGGAGAUAAUUGACUAUUUGAAGGACUCUCAAUUAGUCGCAAAUAUACAGGAAUUUUUCGGCGUUAGUAUACAUUACGACAAACAUUCCGAGAAAUUCGAGAUCAGUAAAGAGUCGCGAAGCGACGACGAGGACAAAUGCAUUUGCACAGAAGUCGAUCAUAACGAUGGGAAUCAUCUUUUAACUUGCCGUAAUCAAAAGACAAAUGGCUGUGACACUAGUAGUAAAGAGUUCAAUGGAUAUAUAAAGCAAACGGAGCUACCACAACGGUCGGAACAUGAGUCAGCUGAUAAACACAAAGAAGAGACAAUUCCAGAGAAUCCACACUACACAAUUAACAAUCUAUUUUGGUAUUAUCUAUUUUUAUUUGGGACUGAAUUGGGAGAUGAGAUCUUCUAUUCAACCUUUAUACCUUUCUGGUUUUGGAACAUCGAUGGAGCUGUUGGCCGACGAGUAGUCUUGGUAUGGGCUACUGUUAUGAGUAUCGGACAAGCACUGAAGGAUGUGAUAUGUUGGCCCAGGCCGACGUGUCCGCCAGCGGUCAAGCUGCAGAGUAAAUGGUCACAAGAGUACGGAAUGCCAUCUACUCACGCCAUGAUCGGCGUCUCGAUUCCCUUUAGUGUAGUAUUAUUCACAAUGAAUAGGUAUAUUUAUCCAGUUUACAUCGGCUGCACUGUCGCUUUUCUCUGGUGUGCACUUGUGAGCACCAGCAGGCUUUACCUGGGCAUGCACACUGUACUGGAUAUUGUGGUAGGUGUGAUAUUAGCGAUUGUUUUAAUGAUUCCAUUAGUACCUCUGGUAGACGCGAUGGAUUUUUACAUCGUCACGAACUUCUGGUGUUUGGCGAUAAUGAUUGCCAUUAGUAUUGCCGUUAUCGUAUACUAUCCGUGCAGCGAUAGGUGGACGCCUACCAGAGGCGACACUACGAUGGUCGUAUCAGUAACUGCGGGAGUUCACGCGGGAACAUGGCUGAACUAUUACAUCGGUGUGUUGAGUAAACCGUUGUUCUCGCCGCCAUAUCACAUCAUUUGGCCGACGUAUCCUAUGCUCGGUAGUCUGAUCUUCAGAACUAUACUUGGUUUUUGCAGCGUCAUUGCGACAAAAGCUAUCUGUAAAUCUUUUAGCUACGCGACAAUGUGUGGCAUACUGCGAGUCAACUCUAAGGAGCUAAUGAAGUCCCAGGAUUAUAGUGGAAAUCCAAAUAAGGUUUUCGUCGAUUUAGUCUACAAAUAUGUAUGUUGUUUCAUGAUAGGUGUAAAUACGGUUUAUCUACUGCCAAAUGUGUUCGGUAUGUUGGGUAUCGAGCGACCGACUUUCUAUACAGAAAUAUGAGAAACUUAAUACGUAACUUGUUAUCUAAUUUAUAUUGCUAUAUGAAAUAGAUUUUAUAUCUCGUUUAUUUACAUACUGUUCGAUCUUAAAUUUACGUAAUCGAUGAUCUCCAAUUUGCCGUAACUCUAUUGAACAAUCGUUUUCUUACGAUAUUUUGAAUCUAUUUUGCCAAGAUAGAGCAUAUAUCUUGAACAGUAAUGUUUGAGAGUAAAAGCUUUAACGUAUAAUUAAAAUUUUUUAGUAUAUUAAGAUAUAAAAAUAGGAAACUAAAAAUAGAAAAUCUUGUUUUAGUAUUAUAAAAAGGAAAAACGCCAAAGCAUAGUCUCGAACAUUUGCGUCACAUUUAUUGCACUAAUACAUCUACUCGUAAUAUCUGAAAUAUACAAAAAUAUAUUAAUAAGAAGAAAAUUAGGAAAUGGUUCUAUAUAGAAAGAAAAAAUGUAACUUCGUACCCCAAGAUUGUAAUCGAAAUAGGCCUUUGCACUGUCUUUCUUUACGGCAUAUGGAAGUAAAACAUCACGUGAACAAGUUUUUUCAUCUGUAACAUUUAUGCGAUCAGAAUUGACGAGUACUACUACGUCAUCGAUCGACACCUGCAAGUGAUAGAACAUAUCAAAAUUUUUAUCUGAUUAAACAUCAUUGGUCAUUAAGUUAGCUGUAUAUGACUCACAGUCUUCGGCAUGUCGAAUAAAGCAAUUAAACUUUCAACUGGA